AUGGAAAUAGAAAAGGAUGAACCAACUACGAUUGUAUUAAAUACAAAAAAAUUAUCGAAAAUGGAAGAAUUACCACCGGAAAAUGAAAUUAUUAGUGCUUUUGAAGAUGUUUUGAAUAAAAUGGAUCUGCCUCCUGAUAAAAUGCGAGUGUUAAGAAAUUAUGACUUAUCAAAGAAAUGGGAUUUGGUUUGCGACCAGCGGAAAAUGUAUGCAGCACCUGAUCCUUCAGUUUAUCUUCAAAAGCUCACUAUAUAUUCCGAUAAAAAAUCACUCAAAAAGAAAAAGAAAUUGCUUGGCGAUGAAACGUCAACUGAAGUAUUGAAACAUAUUGAGAUAUCCUUAAGGACAAAUAGUAUUGAUUGGGUUCGUCUUUUUUUGAGCGAAGCAAACAAUGGUCUGCAAAUACUUGUUGAAUAUUUAAGUCAACUUCAAGAAGCUGGUGGAUGGGGGAAUUUUGAUAUAGGUAAUUUUGCAAAUAGUUCUAACCAGUUAGCACAAAUAAAUUCAUCAACAGCAAUGUUAAAUUCAAUAAAUGGCGAUGCUGCUCAAUUUUCUUCUGGAAAUGGAAAUGAUGAAAAGUUUAAUGGUGGUAGUAUUUUUCGACGACCAACAUUGAAUAAAUCAAAAACGCUUAAGAAUAUAGGUGAUCGAGAUGACGAUAUACAUGUCUGCGUUAGCUGCUUGAGGGCAAUUAUGAAUAAUAAAUAUGGAUUCAACAUGGUAUUUAGCGAUCCACAAGCAAUAUAUUGUAUAGCUCGAAGUAUUCUUCAUCAAAGUUUAAGAACAAAAGCAUUAGUUUUGGAAUUAUUAGCUGCGAUAUGUUUGGUCAAGGGAGGUCAUGAACUCAUCAUUGAUGCGUUUAAUAGGUUUCGAACAGAAUAUCGUGAAGUGUAUCGUUUCCAGUUGCUAUUUUCGUUUUUCCGAUAUCCACCAGAAUUUCAUGUUGAAUUUAUGACAUCUUGCAUGCAGUUUUUCAAUAUUUUGGUCCAUUCAACAGAGAAUAUGAAUUAUCGGAGUUUUUUGCAAUAUGAAUUCACUCUUCUCGGGCUUGAUGAUUAUCUCGAGAUAUUAAAAUCAAAUGAAAGUGAGCAAUUACAAACACAGAGAAUUGCAUAUUUGGAAAAUAAAAUUGAUGUUACAACGCUAGUUGAUGAAGCAGAAAAGAAAGUUGAAAUUGAAGCUGAAAAUGCUCGUUUAUCUGAUGAAUUAUCAAAGACAAAAGAACGUUUGCAAGAGGUGGAAGCAGAUUAUAUAGCUCGAUUGGCUCAUUUAGAUCGUCGUUUAAAAGAAUUGAAUGCUGAGAAAGAAAAACUUUUAAAAGAACGUGAUUCCACGCUUAGUACAAUGCGAAGAACAUUAAAUGAGAAGGAUAAGGUAAAUCGGGAACAACAGGCAAAACUUGAAUCGCGGAUUCAGGAAUUGGAAAAAAUACAAGAAAAUAUGAAAGCUGGCUUACUUGAAGUGAAACGAUCAUCAGUUGUGUCAUCUUCUUCUGCAAAAUCUCCUCCAUCUCCUCCACCACCUCCACCAGGUCCACAUCGGAUAAUGGAAUCGAAUGUAGCAUCAAAGGAUGAACCAAACAAAACUUCCAUACCUCCUGCACCUCCACCUCCUCCUCCUGUCGUUUCAAUAUCUUGUCCUCCUCCUGCCCCUCCUUUAACGAAAAAUGUUCUUUCACCACCAGCAAAUGAUGUUAUGACAAUUAAAAAGGUUUAUAAUACAAAAAAUAAAUUGCCGCUAUUGAACUGGUGUCCUCUGAAACCGAAUCAAGCAAAAGAUACUGUUUUCAGCAAUCUCGAUGACGAAAAAAUCAUGGAUAAAAUUGAUUUUUCGGCUCUUGAAGAUAAAUUUAAAAUUGGUGUUGUGAAACACGUGGAUACUCAGGAGUCAUUCAGUCACUCAGUCAGCCAACAUUCACCAAGUAGUUCUGGAAGUGGUUCAACUAGCGCCAGAAAAAAUACGAUCCUGGAUACUAAGCGUUUACAAAAUAUUGCAAUUACUUGUCGGAAAUUGGCCAUGCCAGCUUCAUCAAUUAUGGCAGCUGUACACAGAAUGGAUCUUAAAGCUUUACCUGCUGAAAGCGUUGAUAUCCUUCAAAAAAUUGCCCCAACACAAGAUGAAAUGGUGAAAUUCCGUGACUAUGAAAACCAGUAUAAAAAUUUCUCAGACUUAUCUGAUGAGGAUCAAUUUUUGGCGGAAUUAGUAAAGAUUGAAAGGUUCGACCACAAAUUGAAGAUAAUGUCGUUCAUGGCUACAUUUGAUGAAAGUGCCGAUCUGCUUGAACCUCAAUUCGUCAAUUUAACAGCUGCAUCAAAAUGUGUGCGUGAGGCAACUAAAUUUCAUAAAAUUUUGGAAGUUAUGCUUGCUUAUGGAAAUUAUAUGAAUAGCGGUCGCAAAGGUGCAGUCUACGGAUUCAAAAUAUCAAGUUUAGAUACUCUUUCGGGUUUAAAAAGCUCAGUCGAACGCUCCUUAUCCCUUUUGCACAUAAUAGCCGAAACAAUUUCAAAAUCAUUUCCUGAUCUCCUGACUUUUCCUGAACAGUUGAAAUUCGCUGAUAAGGCAAGUGGAAUUAUGUGGGAAGCUGUACUAGCUGAUAUGCGUGAAUUGGAAGCAAAUUAUACCUUGGCCAAAAAGGAACGCGAAUUGAAAGGAAAUGAAUGUCCACCUACUCUCAUUAACUUCCUCGAGGAUUGUGAGAAGAGAAUUAAUAAUCUUCAACAGAAUUGUCGCACUGCAGCUGAAGCAUUUAAUGCUUGCGUUGAAUUUUAUGGUGAAUCGUCUCGAAAUCAGCAACCACAUCUAUUUUUUUCUCGUCUUUUGGAAUUUACUAAGAAAUUUCAACAAGCUUUGCAGGAUAAUGAGGCCCGUCAUGCUCUUGAACAGCGAAUGCGAGAGGAUCAAAAUCGGCGCGAAAAAAUUCGGCUUCGAAGUGGUAGAAAAGGUGACGAGGAGAUGAUUAAUGAGCUUGAACAACGCUUAAUGAUGGUUAAUGGAGAUGGCUGUCCUUUUCCGAAAAGGGGUCAAGGUUCAAAGUUGGAUUCAAGUCAGAUAAAAGAUGGUGAUUUCGAAAAAAUUAUGAUCGGCCUUAGAGAAGGAGCAUAUGUCGCAUUUGAUGGACCACAAAAUGUUAAACGAUUCAGCACAACAUCUGGACCUGCAAGAAUCCCUCCACCUGUGGAACCUAAACCUGUACGUGUCGUUCGUGAACCGCCUAGGGAACGUUCAUAA